UCACUAUGCUCUAUUUUUAUUUGGAAAGAAUUAAUGUGUGAAUCGAACGUCUCUUCUCCCUUCGCAGGGGAGGUAGACCAGACGAUCCGAGACCUCUAGAUCAGGCAGGGAAUUUGGCAGCCAUAGGCGGGGGCACCUCCUCCAACGUCCUUGCUUCCUCUCGGCGCCAAAAUUCAAACGUUUAUUACUGCCGCAGCCUGGUCGUGGUGAGUGUGCGAGAGGGGCUCGGCGGCUGCCGGCAGGUCAGCGGGGGCUUCCUUCGCUUGCAUGAAGAGUGCAGUUCAGUCCUUUCAUUGUACUCCUGGGGGAAGCACCAACGUGGCCCCUUGACAGCUUAAAGAAGAUGUACAUCAAAUCAAUUGUACUUGAAGGAUUUAAAUCCUAUGCUCAGAGAACAGAAAUACGUGAUUUUGAUCCAUUAUUCAAUGCCAUUACUGGCUUGAAUGGUAGUGGCAAGUCCAACAUCUUGGACUCAAUCUGCUUCCUGUUGGGCAUCUCCAAUCUAUCUCAGGUGCGAGCUUCAAGCCUCCAUGAUUUAGUUUAUAAAAAUGGGCAAGCUGGAGUGAAUAAGGCAACUGUGUCUAUCACGUUUGAUAAUUCUGACAAGAAACAUAGUCCACUGGGAUUUGAAAAUAAUGAUGAGAUCACCAUCACCAGGCAGGUUGUUGUUGGAGGUAGAAAUAAGUAUCUUAUCAAUGGUAUGAAUGCUUCCAACAAUCGUGUACAGGAUCUCUUUUGUUCUGUUGGACUCAAUGUCAACAACCCUCACUUCCUUAUUAUGCAGGGGCGAAUUACUAAAGUUCUAAAUAUGAAGCCAACAGAGAUUCUAGCUAUGAUUGAAGAAGCAGCUGGUACCAGGAUGUAUGAAUGCAAGAAAAUGACUGCCCAUAAAACCAUAGAGAAGAAGGAAGCCAAACUGGAUGAAAUUCGAAGGAUCAUAACUGAAGAGAUCAGUCCAACUAUAGAGAAACUGAAAGAGGCACGUGCAUCAUAUCUAGAGUACCAGAAAAUAACAAGAGAAGUGGAGAAUUUAAGACGCAUGCAUGUGGCUUUUCAGUAUGUCCGUGCUGAAGAGAUAAAGGAUCGCUCUGCUAAUGCUUUAAAGGAAGCACAGGCUGAUAAGAAGAAGAUUUUGGAAUCAAUGGCUGAGAAUGAGAGGAAGGUAAAGGAACUUGCACGACAAAUAGAAGAAGCAGAGAAGAAAAACAAUAAGGAAUUUGGUGCUAAGUUACAUUCGCUGGAAGUUGCUUUGUCGGAACUCCAAAGAGUUGAUGCUAAAGUCCGCAGUGAUCUUGAUCACACGAAGCAAAAUUUAAACAAUGAAGAGAAAAGGCAUAAAGAAUUGAUCAAAAUCAUGCAGGAGGAACUUAAAGCAUUCACAUCAAAGGAGAAGGAAAUACAGAAGAUACAGGAAGGACUGAAUGGUUUACAAGAGGAAAGUAAAAAAGAUGCAGAAGCUUUAGCCGCAGCACAACAGCAUUUUAAUGUUGUAUCUGCUGGCCUGUCUAGCAAUGACAGUGGUCAAGGAACUUCUCUGGCUGACCAGAUGAUGACCUGCAAAAAUGAGAUUAGCAAAGCAGCAACAGAGGCUAAACAGGCCCAAAUGAAAUUGAAAUAUGCUCAGCAGGAGCUAAAAACAAAACAAGCUGAAGUUAAAAAGAUGGAUGGAAACUACAAGGAAGACCAAGAGGCAUUUGAAGCUAUCAGAAAAACAAAAGAAAAACUACAAGUUCAAAUGAAAAAGCUGAAAUAUGAAGAAGCUGAACAAGAAGCCCAUCUAGCAAAAAAGAAGAAAUUGAGUUCUGAAAUCAGUAGUCUGACAGAAUUGUGUGAAAAUAUAAUAGCAAAGCAUCCUCAUCUACGGUUUGAAUACAAAAAUCCAGAAAAAAAUUGGAAUCCGAACUAUGUGAAAGGCCUUGUUGUAACUCUUAUCACCGUGAAAGACAUAAGCACAUCAAAAGCACUAGAAGCGGUGGCUGGGGGAAAACUCUAUAACGUUGUUGUGGACACCGAGGCUACUGGCAAAAAGAUUUUAGAAAAGGGUCAACUAAAGCAUCGGUACACCAUCAUUCCACUAAGCAAAAUUUCAGCCAAGUGUAUUGGAUGUGAAAUUAUCUCAAUGGCCAAAAACCUGAUUGGUCAACACAACGUGCAUAUAGCCAUUUCUCUUAUUGAUUAUAAUUCUGAACUACAGAAGGCAAUGGAAUAUGUCUUUGGGACAACACUGGUCUGUAGCAGUAUGGAUAAUGCUAAGAAAGUAACCUUUGACAAAAGAAUAAUGAGAAAAGCAGUUACACUUCAAGGAGAUAUAUUUGACCCCCAGGGAACCCUUAGUGGAGGUGUAAGCUCAAAUAUUACACCUAUAUUGCUUAAACUUAAAACAAUGAGAGAAGCUGAAGACAAACUCAAAAUAAAGAAGUCUCAACUUGAAGUUGUAGAGAAAGAGCUAGCAAACUUAAAGGAUGCGGCUGAAAAGUACCAGCAUCUGAAGCAGCAGUGGGAGAUGAAGUCUGAAGAGGCAGAGCUAUUGCAAACUAAGAUUCAGCAAAGUGCUUAUCACAAACAACAGGAAGACCUGCUUGCUCUGAAGAAAAGUAUUGUGGAGUGUGAAGAGACAUUAAAGAAAACUGAAGAGAGCCAACAGAAAGCUGAAGAAGAAUAUAAGGCAUUAGAGAAUAAAAUGAAAAAUGCAGAAGCAGAACGUGAGAAGGAAAUAAAGAAUGCCCAGCAGAAACUAAAUAGCGCCAAGAAGAAAGCAGAUGAUUCUAGCAGAAAAAUGAAAGAAAAGCAGCAGGAAGUUGAAGCAUUAGUUCUGGAACUUGAACAGCUGAAACAAGAACAAGCCUCGUAUAAGCAACAGAGUGAGGCGGCACAACAAGCAAUCGUGUCCUUCCAUGAGCAAGUUGAUGCUUUGGAAGCUGAAGCAUUUAAGACAAGGGAAUCUCUAAAGAAUGCAGAGAAUGAGCUGGUCAAGCAAAAGGGAUUAAUGGCAGAGCAAACUAAAGAUAUUAAAGCCAAAUCUGCAGAGAUAGAGAAAUACAGAGAGCAAAAUAAUGAAUUGCAGCUCAACAUGAAUGCAUUAGAACACGACAUCAGCAAGUAUCAACAAGAGACUGCUGAUGCUGCUUCCACGUUGGACAAACUGCUGAAAGAGAAUAAGUGGAUAGCUUCAGAAAAAGAGCUUUUUGGCCAGCCAGAGACAACUUAUGACUUUGAAGCCAGCAAUCCUAAAGAAGCAGGUCAGAAGCUGCAGAAACUACUGACAAAAAAAGAGAAGCUGGAGAAGUCCUUGAACAUGAGAGCUAUGAAUUUGCUUUCUGAGGCAGAGGAGAGGUAUAACGACUUAAUGAAGAAAAAGAGAAUCGUAGAGAAUGACAAGAUAAAAAUUCUUGCAACUAUUGAAGAGCUUGACCGAAAGAAAAAUAAAGCUUUGCACAUUGCUUGGGAAAAGGUGAACAAAGACUUUGGUUCCAUCUUCUCGAUGCUUCUACCAGGAGCCAAAGCUAUGUUAGUUCCAUCUAAAAAGCAAAAUAUCCUGGAUGGUCUGGAGUUCAGGGUUGGCUUAGGAAACAUCUGGAAGGAAAACUUAACGGAACUUAGUGGAGGUCAAAGAUCAUUGGUGGCCCUGUCCUUAAUCUUAGCCAUCCUUCUCUUCAAACCUGCUCCAAUUUACAUCUUGGAUGAAGUGGAUGCUGCUCUUGACCUUUCUCAUACCCAGAAUAUUGGACAGAUGCUUCAUGCUCAUUUCAAACAAUCCCAGUUCCUUGUGGUGUCCUUGAAGGAUGGAAUGUUUAACAAUGCCAAUGUCCUCUACAGAACUAAGUUUGUUGAUGGUAUAUCCACAGUUUCAAGACACUGUCAGUUAAAAAAAAAAGCAGCUACUGAAUGAAGCUAGUAACAACAAAGUUGAGUAACAAACAACGCAGUAAUGAUGACUCAAGCAUUGUGUGUUCCUUGAUAAUAGCAAGCCCAAGGAUCACCUUUUUAAAAAAAAAAUCAUUAUCUUUUAUCUUUUAUUAUUUUAAGUAAGUCAUAGUUAUAGUUUUUAGCUUUUUUAAUAACUUCGGUUCAUGGCAGCCCAGUGGAUGAAUGAAGCUUGCAGCAUUUAUAGUUUUCAGAAAACCUGCUGCAAACUAAGAUACUGCAUUCAGCUUUUGUUGUCAAUUAAAGUGAUGUAUGAAUAUGUAAGUUAGUGUAAGCUUUAAGCUGUGUAACCUACUUAUUUGUGAAAAGUAUGGUGGGCAGCAGUUUAACUGCCAAUUUUUAGCUGCUUGCUAAUGGUUUUAAUGAAUUUUAAACAGAAAACUUUUCCUUUCUUUUCUUCCUUGCUGUUUUUCACCCAGUAAGGCAUAGUUAGUUAGAAUUACAAUUUUAACGUCCCCCAUUCCUUGAUUAUAGGGACAGAUUCAACACAUACCAGCAUUUCAUUGUGGUCUUCCCUCUGGUGUAAAAUCCCAAGGUACACAUCUUUGCUCACAGCACCCAGAAACAGCAGCCACUCACCACAGCUCACAUGCAUCAGGGAUGGAAGCUGACCCUCACUCAGCAGCAAGGCUCCCUUCUUGGUAUGGGCAUGCUGUUGAAUUAAGGAAAGUAAGAUAGGAUGAGGUGUUGAAUCAACAGCUGCAGAUUUGACCUUGCUAAGCCAGGUUGUCGCUGAUGUAAGCAGAUGCUCUUCUGCAAGCUUAGACAAUUAGUGCUGACAGCAGAUCUCCUGUGUUUUCAAAGAACAUCGUUAGCUCCCCUAUCUCUGGAAUGCAAGACUGUAGACUAAAAUGGCAAACCAUAAAUUAACAAAGAAGCAGCAGAUUGUGAAUGGAGUUGUGGCUGAUGAGAUGACCAACCAGAGCCAGACAAGCCUCUAUCUUAACCAAGUCCAAGAAAACAAGACGACCUUCAUCAGAAAGACCACUGAGAGAUACAUGUGUGUAAAAGAGCUGAGACUUGGGGUGGGGGAGGGGAUGUCAAACAUUCUGGGGACUCAUUGUAAUAACCCAGCCUUUUCUUUGACAUCUACUGUAUACGUAAGCAGUUUGCUCUUUAAAUAUGUGCCUUUCUUGCCCUCCAGUAUGCAGUCUAGGUGGAAAUAUCCCCCCCUGCAUCCGGCAUGCGCGCAGCGCUAAUUAAACAUACCUGCUCUAUA